CCAAAAGAACCACAUCUUGAAUACGUUUCAGUCUCAAGUCACCCGUUUAGAGCCUCAGAAGUCAUUUUAAAUUUAAAGUGUUGAAAGCGUCCGCGCGACUUUGCACUAGCGAUAUAAAGCGAUGUCGGCCCGGGAGUAUCCCAAAGUGUGGAGUCAUUUUGAACGUAUUGUGGAAGAUGGCAGAACUCUACAAUUUGAGGUAGAAGAUAUUCCGGAAUCUAUGUGGAGCACCGCUGUUGAGUUCAUGUUAGGCAAUUACAUACGAGAAGAUGUAUGGUGGGCGACAGCUGGUACGGCACAGAACUUGGAAGCGGUACAAGAGUACCGUGUGCUACUGACAUCAAUCAUUAGACAGAAAAUGAGCGUGGCAUGCUUCCUCGCUGAAGGGGAUGGUUCCGGCCGUACGCUCGUCGCCGUAAACAUGUGCCUGCCACAGGAUAAAGACCGCUUUGUCGACCACAACCCGGUAAAGACGAUUGUUUUCCUUGUACCUUUAAUAAAGGUUAUUAAUUUCGGUCUUACAACUCCGAUCGCCCAACCGCUCAGAAGCAUAGAUUUUCCGAAGACCAAGGCCGGUUUAUUAUCGCUGCGAAUGUUCAGCGAGGCAAUGAAAGUGACAGCGAUUUAUGAUAAAUACGACGUGAAUGAAUAUCUGAUGGGGGCAGGACUCUCCGUCGCGCCCGAAUACAGAGGCUUGGGGAUCGCAGUGGAGUUGCUUAAGGCGAGAAUAAAUCUUGCAAAAGAACUUGGAUAUCGAGCGACCGGAGGUAUAUUUACUAGUGCUGGAGCCCAGCGUGUGGCAGACAAAGCCGGGAUGGAGAGCUUGUACGAAAUAUCUUACAAGGAAUUUGGGAAACAGUGCCACAUCAAAUUUGAUACUGACACAGAAUAUUUAAAAAUAUACGGAAUCAAAAUUUAAUAAUACUGUCCAAAAUGAAUGAGUACAAAUAAUAUUUUACU